AUGGCCUACAUACACUUCACGCUCACGAACGACAGAUCUACCAUUUCCUUCAGCAUAGGUCAAAAAUCGGCAUUGGAAACAGCACCCCUUGAGGCUCUAUCAUCUCUCGUAUACGCAAGACGGACACCUCGAGAAAUACGCAGCAGUGUUGUACCCCAGAAUCAUCAGGGUAUUUCUGUCCGCAAGUUGACCAUGCACAAUGGCUUUCACCAACCUCAUCCCCAUCCUUCCGAGCUCAUCUCCCUCCUCCAAACGGACCUGGAAAAUUCUAUCCAAUCACGACCCUUUCUUUUCUACCAUUUCCGUUUGAUGCCCACCUUUUAUUCCCGGGAGCAAGGAAGCCACAGCACCUCCAGCACUGUAAUAGCCAGUAAAGAGGCGCCCGUUCGUAGAGUGCACGUCCAGUCCGCGCCCGCGAAAUUUCGGAGCGCCGCAGCAGCAGCAGCAGUGUCUGUCUGCAGAGGGAGGAAUGAGCUUUGGUCAUCGCCUCUGCCUCUCAACAAUUUCGCGAUCCAAACCUGGAAAACUGUCCGCCGCCGCCUCUUCCACUCUCCGACCAACCUCUUGCCAAUUGCCCCUUCACGAUAA